AUGUAUGUAUGUAUGUAUGUAUGUAUGUAUGUAUGUAUGUAUAUACAUAGUAUAUAUACAUAUAUAUAUGUAUAUAUAUAUGUAUUAAAUUCCGCUCUCAGUAAGUCAUCGAUAUCAGUGGGAGAUACAAAAACUGCUGCACAGAUAGUCAAAAAAAAUGAUGUUGCACCGGCCGAUGGCGUAAUGUCCGCAAAACAGAACUGGGCUCGAAUUUCUUUAAUUAAAGAAUCUUCUCAAGUGAAAUCGAUGAAGUAUCGCAGACAGUGUACUCUGGAAUGGGAAUUUUUAGCUGUUAUCCUGGAUCGAGUAUUUCUGUUCUUCUUCACGGCAGUCAGCCUGCUUAUUACUAUUGGUUUGAUUAUUACAGCACGGCUGGCCCAGCCAAGCAUCAUCGAUGCUUUAGAAAAUAAGCAGCAAUAA